UCUUUCAAAACACUAGUCUCUUUCCCCUCUUAGAGACCAAUUAUUCUUCUCCCAUUUCUCUCCUCUCAGCCAUGGCUCAUUUUCUCUCAGCUUUUAUUUUCAUUAUAUUUCAAACUCUAGCACUACUCCCAAUAUCCGCUCAUAGCCAUGGCAAUGCGCAUACAUGCAGAUCAUUCUGUGGAAACUUAACAGUCGAUUACCCUUUCGCAAUUCAAUCCGGUUGCGGCCAUUCAGGUUAUAGGGAUCUCCUAUUUUGCAUCAACAAUGUUCUUAUGCUUCACAUUAGCUCUGGAUCCUAUCGCGUUUUAGACAUUGAUUACGCUUACCAAUCCCUCACUUUAGACGAUCCUCACAUGUCAACUUGCUCGUCCAUUGUAUUCGGCAAUCGCGGCAACGGCUUCGUUGUAGAAAGGUGGCGUGAACCGUACUUAAACCCUACGGCGGACAAUGUGUUUAUGCUGCUAGGUUGCAAGGCGGAAUCGCCGCUGUUCCAAGGGUUUCCGGGGAAGCAUCUGCCGUGUCGGAAUGUUUCCGGGAUGGGCUGUGAGGAGUAUUAUGGGUGUCCAGGUUGGGAUAUUAUUGGGCCAAAAAAAGUGGGCUCGGUGUAUGGAUCAGGCCCACCUGAUUGCUGUGCUGUUUCGUUUGAAGCUAUUAAGGCUAUUAAUUUGACUAAACUUGGUUGUCAAGGGUAUAGCAGUGCUUAUAACUUAGCUCCACUGAGAGUGGUUGGGCCUCAUGGAUGGUCUUAUGGGAUAAGGGUGAAGUACUCAGUUGAAGGAGGUGACUCAUUUUGUAAAGGUUGUGACGCAACAGGAGGAUCUUGUGGCUAUCAUGUUAAUGAUUUUAGCAGUUUGUGCAUGUGUGGAUCGUGGAAUUCUACUUCCAAUUGUGAUUCAGUCCACUCAGCUUCGCACAGAAGAACUUGGUCGAUAAUGGAUGCACUUAAAGGACUAGUGGGUUGUAUUGCAGUCUGGAAGCUCUCCGCCACACUUGGAUUGUAGGAAAGAAGUGACCUCUGUUAUUGAUUGAUCCAAAAAAGAAAGAGCAGUUCAAAUGUGCUUACCAGAAGAAUAUAAAGCAACUUAUAUCAAUGUUGCAUCUCAGCGUUAAAGAGUGUGCUAGAUAAGAGGACCGAAUAUUUGGUUCUUCAAGGUUUUGUACCUUUUUUUUUUAAUUGGUGGAGUACCUAAUUUUUCAAUUUUGGCUGAAGAAUUUGAUAGUAUGUUAUUGUUAUGUACGUACACAUAGAGAGACAACAAAUUGCACUUGAUUCCUCAAGGUACUGUAUAAUUAAAGAUGUAUCUAAAUAUGAACUUGCUUGUUCUAGUGCU